CCACCCUAGUUAAACUCUUAAUUAAAACAUCAGCCAUAUAUCACCCACUUCUACAUUUCUCUCCUGAAUAUUCCCCAAAGAAAAAAAAAAUGGUGCUUCCUUGGUAUUCUGUUCUUGUUUCUCUGUUUGUUUUCAUUUUCUUCCUUCAUAAGUGGUUCUUUACUACUUCAAAUAAUCAAAAAAAUUUACCACCUUCUCCAAGAAGGCUUCCAAUCAUAGGAAAUCUACAUCAACUUGGAUCCCAUCCUCACCGUUCGCUCCAUGAACUAUCGAAAAAAUAUGGUCCUGUCAUGCUACUUCACUUGGGUAGCAAGCCAGUGUUUGUUGCUUCUUCUGCUGAAGCUGCUCGUGAUAUCAUGAAAACUCACGAUCUCGAAUGGUCAAGCAGGCCUAAAUCUAUCAUGGCUGAUAGACUCCUUUAUGGCUCAAAGGACGUGGCGUUUAGUCCCUAUGGUGAAUACUGGAGACAGAUUAGAAGCAUCGUUGUGCUUCACAUGCUCAGCAACAAAAGAGUUCAAUCUUAUCGUCAUGUGAGAGAAGAAGAAACAUCCAACAUGAUUGAAAAAGUUAAGCAAAUGUGUGAUUCAUCAAGCUCGGCGAUAGAUUUGAGAGAUCUUUUUUGUCGGAUGACUAAUAACAUUAUCAAUAGAGUGGCGUUAGGGAGAAAAUAUAAUGAAGGGGAAAGCGAAAUAGAUGCUAAGGCCACCCUAGAUAAAUUCGUGGAACUUAUAGGUACUAUUGACGUUGGAGAUUAUAUUCCAUGGCUUGAAUGGGUCAAUAAAAUCAGUGGUUUGGACAGCAAGGUGGAGAAAAUAGCUAAAGAGUUGGAUGAAUUUUUGGAGAGUGUGAUUGAAGAACACAUUAGUAGGAACAAGAAAGAAGGGAACAGUACGGAUGAAACAAAAGACUUCGUGGACGUUUUGUUGGAAAUUCAGAAUGGAAAGGAAACUGGAUUUCCUCUUCGAAGAGAUUCAUUGAAAGCUCUCAUCUUGGAUAAUUUUUCUGCUGGUACGGAUACAACAUAUACAGCUUUAGAGUGGAUAAUGACAGAACUUUUGAUGCAUCCGAGAGCCAUGGAAAAAUUGCAGAAUGAGGUGCGAGGAUUAGCCCAAGAGGUGACAGAGGAUGACUUAGAAAAUAUGCACUAUCUGAAAGCAGUGAUCAAAGAGACUCUCAGGCUUCAUCCACCGAUUCCACUACUAGUUCCUCGAGAAUCCACAAAAGAUGUAAAAUUACUUGGCUACCAUAUAGCCGCUAGAAGUCAAGUCAUUAUCAAUGCUUGGACAAUCGGAAGAGAUCCUUUAUCAUGGGAUGAUCCAGAGGAGUACCGACCCGAGAGAUUCUUAAACAGUAACAUUGAUUUCAAAGGUUUAAACUAUGAGUUGAUUCCGUUCGGAGCAGGAAGAAGGGGCUGCCCAGGAACUGCUUUUGCUAUUGUGAUAAAUGAGUUAGCAUUAGCAAGACUUGUGAGUAAGUUUAAUUUUGCAUUACCAGAAGGGAUAAAACCGGAGGAUUUGGACAUGGCUGAAUGCACUGGUCUCACAAUUCGUAGAAAAUCACCUUUGUUAGCAGUGGCCACUCCAUGCUCUAGUUGUUACUAGGAAGUGUUUUUAUCUCCAAUCCAUUUAGUCUUAUAUAUUAUGCAGAUCGCUUAUCUUAUGGCUAUCUCAACGCUUGUGACUAAAAAAUGUUCUGGUUUGUGUUCUUAUAUUUGUAUAGCUCUCUUUUUGUUUACUUUGCCAUCUUUUGUCCAUUGAAGCAUAGACUUGAUACCGGUGCUGAUUGAUUGUAUGUAAUACUAUGGAAUUCUAGGCAAGUCCUGAAGGAAAUGCCGACAAAAUCCUUGGCUUCUUUUUGUUCC